AUCACCAAAGCAAUCGUAGCAAAACUACGACAAAGGAAAGCCCCAACGGCUUUCAAGUGGGUAAAGGGACAUGACGGCCACGAGCUGAAUGAAGGAGCUGAUAAGCUCGCGGGCAGAGGCGCAGAGAAAACAACGCACGACGAUGUAUCACUCGAAAUCCCCCCGGAACUAAAAAUUGUGGGUGCCAGACUCAACCUCAUAACACAGAAGACGGCCUACAGGGCAAUCAGAGUAAACAAAGCAAGAACAACGAAAAAGAGAGCACCGACCGUAAGAAACAUCGAAAAGAUAAAAGACGACUUCAAUCUUGCUUUCGGAACAAAACUCCGCGAAGAAACCAUAUGGAAAGCAGUCAGAAAACGCGAAAAGAUCACAAGGGAAGCAGCCCAAUGGAUGUGGAUGUCAAUCCAUGAUGCAUACAUGAUAGGGAAUAACUGGCUAAAGCCAAACAUGCCCGACGAUCUCAAGAAAAGAGCAAUAUGCAAGGCUUGCGGCCAAAUCGAAACAAUGGAACACGUACUCUUCACAUGUACCGCAACGGGAAGAGAAACGAUAUGGAAGGCUCUGAACGCCAUGUGCGAAGCGACCGGAAUGCCGGAAAUUGUCCCAGACUGGGGGUCGAUCUUCGCGGCCGGAGCAAUAGAGCUGAAGCAAGAAGGAAAUGACGAAAGAGACACAGCGGGUGAAAUGAGAUGGGCCACACUGGCCACAGAAGCAGCCCAUCUAGUAUGGAAACUGAGGUGCGAAAGAGUGAUUGCGAACGAGGGUCGAGAACACUCAGAGCGAGAAGUAACGCAGAGAUGGAACGCGACGAUUGACAGGCGCCUAGAUCUAGAUAGGCGCACCGCGGCUCAGAUGGUCGGAAAAAGAAGAAAACAAACCAUAGCCAGAGUCGAAUACACAUGGUCACCACUUCUAGAAGACUCAGAAAACCUCCCAGACGACUGGGUAACAUCAUGCGGGGUUUUAGUGGGUAUUAAGAAA